AUGGAGCGCUGGGACUCACUGGGAUUUUUGAUUGUCACACUCAACUAUAAUGUGACUAUUCUAGGAAAGAUCUGGCUAAUGUUAAUAAUUCUGCUGCGAAUGGCAGUGGUGGUGUUAGCUGGAUAUCCACUCUACCAGGAUGAGCAGGAGCGCUUCAUCUGCAACACCCUGCAACCAGGAUGCUCCAAUGUUUGCUAUGACUUAUUCUCUCCUGUAUCUCAGUUUAGAUUCUGGCUCAUUCAAGCAGUGUCUAUCCUGUUACCUUACGCUGCAUUCAACAUUUAUGUUUUGCACAAGGUAGCUCUGUACCUUGUAAGAGUGCACUGUUUGGUGCACGGAUGCAAAGGGGACAAAGAUUUAUCUGGCCCCAAAGACCUGAAGAAACUCUGUGGAAGUGCUGUUGUCGAUAGAUUAGAUUGUCAUGGUGGCAGCCUAAGUGUCCUUAAUUUUUCUGGGGCAUACACUGUUCAUCUUUUUUGUAGGACACUACUUGAGGCUGCCUUUGCAGCUGUGCAAUAUUUUCUUUUUGGAUUUUUUGUUCCUGACCGCUUUUCCUGUUACCACUCACCUUGCACAAGCACAGUUGACUGCUAUAUCUCCCGGCCUACAGAGAAAUCCAUCAUGAUGCUUUUCAUCUGGGGGGUCAGCAGUCUAUCCUUUCUGCUUAGCCUGGCUGAUCUGGUCUGUGCUCUCCAGAGAAUGACAGCAAGUAACCAAAAGAAGAAGCUGCUUGCAGACCUCCCCGUAGAGAAUGAGUGUGUUUUAAAUCUUCCCCCAGUACAGCAUGGUGGCUCUUCUACAUCUCAAAAUCAAAACUGCCCAAUAUCAAAUAGCAGCCAGACCAGUGAUGGCUCCUGCUCACUUCUCUCUCAAGAAGAAGAGGCCGUUCUUCAUGCUGAAGUGGUCUCUCAGCAAACUGCCAGGACUAACAUUAACAGCAACAGCAAUAAGCCAAGUUUAUCAGGAGAUGUUGCUGUUAAGCAAGAUAGCACUGAAGAACCCUUGUGCACUGGUGACCAUCAAGGACCUAAAUGCAGAUCCAGGCUUCAGCAAGACUUCAUAAAAGAUACUACCCUGACUUUGAGACCUCAAAUCAAGUCUCACCUUGGAGUUUCUUCCUCUGUAGUUCAGAGCAAGCUUUUAGGGUAUUACCUGUCAGAGGACCUAAAAAAUGCUGAUGCACAAUCAAAUUAUAGCAGUAGUAGUUGCCUGAGGUCAAAAAAGUCAGAAUGGGUAUAG